GAUGGUAUCACCUUCAACAUAGAUGCGACCGAAGAAGCACUGGCAUCCAUGGCGGACGCAGUGGCGAAAGUCCCUUCGACUUGCAUGCCACAAACAAUCGUCGAGGAUGCUGCUCGGCUGUUUGACAUGAGUGAGGCAGCCUGCGAUGUUAUACAUACCUGGCUGGUACUUCAGCUUGACGGGGAGAGCUACGAGCAGGCGAUGGAAUGGCUGGCUGCUUUCGAGACGCGGGCUCUUGCGGACGCUGCCACUCACGCUGCACUGGUGUUUUUCGCAGAGAACUACCAGUCUCCACCGUCGGAGGAGAUAAUCGAGCUGCUUGUCCCAUGGCUUGAUACCGUCCCAAGGAUAGAGUGCAAGUCGAUUGAACUCACUGCUGCUGUCCGCCAGAUGCUCGAGGAAGUGAAACUGCGAGGCACUGACAUCGAGAAUGUCAGUGCUGCGACGAGUGCUUUUGUCGAAGACUGGCUCACAAAUCGUUCGCGACUUUACCGAAAGCAACGAUGGGACUUCCACCCGUACAGUGACGAGAGCGAGACAAUGGGCCGCUUGCUCUACACCUGGACGUUGACGACGAGAGGCAAGAGUGAUCACGCGGAGCUCCAGAAGCUGUGCGGGGUCACCACCAAGUCGUUCGUGGAGCACGUUAAGUGGAGCCUCCAGGGAGCUGCCGACGACGAGGAGGGGGACAGGUGCGAGGAGCUUUACGAUGCGGCAGCCAGCGUUUUCGGAGCAGCAUUCCGCGGUGUCUUUGUGAGCCUGUGCGAGAACUGUCGCUGGAAGGAAUCGGGAAUGCUCGAGUGCUCGCUGGAAGAGCUCCAGGGGAUACGAGCUAGAGCGUGGAAUGGGCGGUAUCAAGUUCACAAACCUGCGCUGGAAACACGGAUGAGUCAGAUCAACGACAUGAUCAUCUACCUGGUUGACAUGAUCUACGAGGAUCACUACAAGAACGACUAUUUGCUUCCUCGCGAGUACUGGAGGCAAGACUGCCAAGAUGUACUGUUUUGCAAGAACUUGGGCGUGAAACUGGAGAAAGCAGAGAAGGGUGUGUAUCUCCUGGAAGAUUUCAUGCCCAAGGACUUGUUAACUCUACAUCCAUGAACGGAGCCCGGGCGGUGCCAGAAGAAUGCCGCUCGAGCUGGAGACGCACGUAGGGUGAAGCGACAAGACGCUGGCCGAGUCGAGCUGGGCCUUUGAGGGAGUCAGGUAAGUUCUCGCUGCUUGUACGUUUUCGUCCACGAAACUUAGUGGGACACAAGCUUUUUGUGAGCGAGUGGAACUAAUAAUUGUCACUUAUCUCAGAAACUUGUUUUGGCUCAACAAAAUUCAGACUUUUGCUGGGUG